AUGACAGCCCGAAAUGCGCCGCCCUCGGACCCUUUGGUCGUCAUUCUGGGCUCGACUGGAACUGGAAAAUCAGAGCUCGCCAUAGAGCUCGCAACUCGCUUCAAUGGCGAAAUCAUCAACGCAGACGCCAUGCAGAUGUACAAGGGCCUGCCCAUCAUCACCAACAAAAUCACCCCCGAAGAGCGCCGCGGCGUCCCCCAUCACCUGCUCGACCACAUCGGCCUCGACCAGCCCACUUGGGUCGUCGAGGACUUUAAGCGCGAGGCGAACAGGGUCAUACACGAGAUCCGAAGCCGGGGCAACUUGCCCAUCGUCGUCGGCGGCACCCACUACUACACCAACGCCCUUCUUUUCGACGACACCCUUGUCGGCGCCGAUGAUGAGAAGCCAAAGGAUAGCGACGUCAAGGUCGACGAUGAUACCUCCUCGUUCCCGAUCCUCAACGAGCCGACCGACGUCAUACUCGCAAAACUGCUCGAGGUAGACCCCGUCAUGGCGGACCGUUGGCACCCGAACGACAGGCGCAAGAUCUCGCGCUCGCUGCAGAUCUACCUGCAGCACGGCCGCCCGGCGUCGGAGAUCUACGCCGAGCAGCGCCAGCGCAAGACAGCCGAGACCAAACGGGACGGGGGAAGCGCCGGACCCUGGCAGACGCUGCUCUUCUGGGUCUACUCAGACCCCGAGAUAUUGAAGGAGCGUCUCGAUAAGCGUGUCGACAAGAUGCUGACCGCCGGCCUCGACGACGAGACCCAGUCCAUGUACGAGUACGUCCGCGCGAAGGAGGCUGCCGGCCAGGAGGUGGACUACACCCGUGGCAUCUGGCAAUCGAUCGGCUUCAAGGAAUUCUCGCCCUAUCUCAAGGCCCUCAACACGAGCGACCCCCCGACGGACCCCUCCGCCCUCGAGGCCCUCAAGGCGACUGGCCUCGAGGAGAUGAAGACGUCGACGCGGCAGUAUGCGAAAUACCAAACCCGCUGGAUCCGCACAAAGAUCGUGCCCCUUCUCCAAGAGCAGCCCGGCGCGCUGGACCAUCUCUUCAUCAUGGACAGCACUGACAUCUCACGGUGGUCGGCCGACGUCGCCGACCCAGCCGUCGAUGUCGCGGGGCGUUUUCUCAGGGGCGAAGAUAUGCCCGCGCCCACGGGGCUGUCGGAGACGGCGCGGGAGGUGCUGAGGGAGGCGACGGCGCAGACGGAGCGCACGCUGUGCCGCCGGACGUGCGAGAUUUGCAAGACGACGUGCGUCACGGAGCAGGACUGGACGAAGCACGUCAAGAGCAGGCGGCACAACGUGCUGCUCAAGAAGACGAAGAGGAGGGCGCUGACUGCCGCCGAGAGACCGCUGGCUGUGAUCCCGGUUGAGACCAAGGAAGAGACAGAGGCCGCAGCCGCGGACAGGGGCUCAAGUCCCGAGGUCGAUGGGCUGGGCAUGUUCGACGCGCCGUCGUGA